AUGGGCAUCAGCUAUGAUUGUCUAUCAAUUCAAGUGCAAUCGGGCUUGACUUAUUCUUCUGCGAAUAGCAACAACAACAGCCACCAAGGCCGUGCGCGGACCUCAUCAAUCAACUCAGUGAACAGUCAGUUGAGUUGCUCGGCUAGUGUAGAUGCGGACGCAUCCAAUUCCAAUGUAUCCAUUGUUGUUGCCCCUGAACGUGGUGCCGCUAUCUACAGUGCAUCGGGAAGUUUUCGCGUCGCGGAUGAAUCGUACAAAGAUUCGGAUGCCGCUUCGAUCACCUCAUCGAUUUUCCACUCCGAAGCGCAAUCGAUCGAUAUACAGUCACGUUUUCAGCAGCUACAUCGUUUGGCUCGUGGAUAUAAGGAGAAAAAUAAGCAGCGCGAACGAGAUCAAAUGAAGGAGCAAAUAGAGACCAAUCAAAUAAAAUCCAUGCGCCGCAUCGAUGAGCUUCAAGAUCAGCUCGAGCUUGAUAAAAAAGCCAAGCAGGAUGUCGAGGUGAACUACACACUGAUGCUCAGCGAAAAAGACGAACUGAUUCGGGUACUUCGACAGCAGGUCACAUUGUUGAAGGAAGGUAAGGAUCUGCCGGAAGAGUUGAAAGCCGUGAUCGAAGCGGGACACGCUCGUGAGGAGGAGCGAAAACGCUCGAUCGCUGUACAGAAUCAGGAGUUGAAAAACAAGGUCAGUGAUCUGGAGACGCAACUUCAGCUCACGACAGUCCAGUUGGAGGAACACGUGGUCAAACAAAACGAACUCCGGCAGUGUGUUUUGAACUGUGAGAAGUUAAAGGCGCAAGCCACUAAAGACGCAUCAGAUAUCACAGAACUGAGGCGCCAAUUAACGGACACUAAAUUGGCUAAUACUGCACUCGAGGAACAGGUGCAUGGUUUGAAAGAACGAUUGACAAGCAUGGUAAAUUCAACACCCGCAGCAGCCUCUCCCGUACGCACUGCAGAAAAAUCAGAGGAUGCGGCCCAAUCAAUAGCAGAUCAACUGAAUGACCUGCGGACUAUGUUGGAGACGGAACAAGCUGCCAGAAACAAGGUGGAGGAGGAACUCGUGCACGAGCGCCAGGAUGCACAAGACAAACUUUCAUUAAUUGAACAACUUCGCCUCACAAUCAACCAGUGCGCCGUACGUACCUCAGAUGAAUCGACUGAGUUGAAAAGAAUAAAAGAAGCUCUGGAGGAGAGGGAGCGAAUAUUCGCAGAAUUGAGCGCCACUCUGGAACGCGAGCGAGACGAGCAGAAAAAAUUGGCUUCCAGUUUGGCCGAAGCUGAGCGCCGUGUGGUGGAUCUGAGUGAAAAAGCAGAAUUGGUUUCCGAUUUGCAAAAUCGGGUGAAUGAGCUAGCUAUUGUGGAGCAGGAAUGUGAAACUCUGCGCCAAAAUGUUGUAGAAAUGGAACAACUUGAGGUUUACCUACAAAAUCAGGUUUCUCGGCUAAAGCAAGUAGCUGUUGGCGUUUUUCCUCCGGAUGGCUCUGAUCCCGAUGUGGUCACGUCUAGUACUUCUGUGGUCUUAGAUAGCACUCAAGAUACUACAGAACCCGGAGUGAUUAGUUUACGUCAGGGAAUAGAACAGCUAAUUUCAUUAGUGGAUCGAUUCGAGUGUGAGUUGGCGCAGCGAGACAAACGAGAGAUUGCAGAACAUCAGCGAGAGACAGAACUUGCUUUGACAAUCUCACAAAUAGAAGAAACACAUCUGCUACAGAAACGCGAAUUAGAAGAUCAAUAUAAGUGGGAAAAAUCUGUCCUAGAGGACGAGAUUCGGCAAAAGACGGAACAAAUCCAGCAGUUGCAGACUCAGCUUGAUCAGCUUCGGUCUGACUCUGAACAGGUUCGGGUGCAACUAGUUACACUUCAGGCACGCCUGGACGAAGCAGGACGACACGAUCAAAAGGAACAAGAAACCGCCAACCGGCUGAUGGAAGUUCAGACAGAAUUGGAGCAUCAAGUAUCCAAAUGGAAGGCACAAUGCGAAGAAUUGGAAAUCAAACACGAACAACUCACUCUAAAUCAUUCACAUCUUGAAACUAAUCGAAAUCAAUUGGCCGAGCGUUUGGCACAGACUGUGACACAAGUGGAGCAGUUGAAAGCAGAACUGGCUGCUGCACAGCAAACAAAUGCAGAUAACAAGGACUCACACCGCACGACAACUCUGCCACAGCUGUUCCAUCUAAAGCAGUCUGUCCAGUCUGUCAAACAAGUGGUUGACGAUCUUCGGGCUGAGUAUACUGGCUUCCGCCAGGCCACUCUUAACCAGGCAGCGUUGGAAACACAGCGAAUUGUGGACAAGGUGCAGUCGUCUUGGAGUGCACUGUUGGAUUCAUCAAAGUCGACCUCCCAGUCUUCGGAUGAAAAUCAACGUCUACAAAACGAGACAGCCAUUUUACGUGAGCGACUGGUAACCUUGGAACUGGACCGAGAGCGAACGAAUACACAAUACAUGCUUCUGAAGGAACAGGCAGAACAAACCACUGAAGAGAUGGAGCGAUUACGUAAUGAUUAUAUGCAAUUGACCGAGAGUCACCAGUCCACAAACGGUGAACUAGCUACCGCACAUGCCGAGCUGUCCAGGCUAUCUCAAACGCUCCAAAUUGAACGGGAUCAGUUCUCUCGGGACCGGGACGAGUUCGAACGAUCCGCCAGUGCUCAGCAAACUCAAUUAGCCGAGGUUGGUAAACGUGUGGAGGAGCUGGAACAAGAUCGGGCGAGUCAGACCGUUCUGUCGGAACAAUUGUCCAGCGAACAGGCUCGCGUAAAACAAUUGGAAUCGGAGUUGAUCUCAGCCUGUUUGAACGCUGAAUCAGCGCACCAGGCUUUGCUAGAACUGGAGGCUAGGGUCGGCAUCAUGCUGGACCAAAGAACGGCUGAUGAAGAGAAGUGGGACCAUUUGAACGAUGAGAUACAAGAAAUUACACAACGCUUGACAACAUCCGAAUCUCACGUUCAGCGGUUAAUGGGAGAGGAAAGUGCCCGUUUAUCUGAACACCAAGCCCGUUUUGAUGCAGCGAAGCAAGAAGUGUCCCGAUUGCAAGCAUCGUCAAACCAGAUCACCACGGAGCUCCUGGAGCAGCAGGCGGUCACGAAAACAGUUUCCAAUCAUCUGCUGAACUUGAUUCACGCGAAUGCUCUAGAAUGCGUGACUCGUAUGGAGCGAGCUUCAACUAGACUACAGUCUGCAGCUGCACCCAGUGACUCACCCGAGUUCGAGCAAUUGCUCGCGGUGAAACAGUGCGCUUCCGAGAUCAUUCAGGAGAUCAAAUGCUUAAGCACAAACGAGCAACUUUUGCCGGUCACUGAAAACAGUCCGCUGUCCGUGUUACUCGAUCGAUUCGAGAAGGAGUUACACAAUGUGUCCGAACUGGAAAUGCGGGUGGAACAAUUGGUUAAGGAGGCGGAUCAACAACAAAUCCGUUCGACCGAACAAGCUCAGUUGGAAAUCAGUCGAUUGUCCGAACGCUGUAAUCGUAGUAAUGAAAUUGAACAAGAACUUCAAAAGCGUGUAUCUCAAUUAACUGCCGAGUUGGACCUGUUACGUAAUGCUGAACAGAACAAGGAUGAUGCACUGGCCUCUGUUGAAUCUAAGUUGGAGGCUACUCGACAACGUCUUUGUGACGCGGAAAAGCAGUUGCAAGAGACACAGGCGGUUCGAGAACAGAAUGAGGGCAGAUUAGAGGAGACCGCGACGCAGUUAGCUCAGUUAGAGGCCAAAUUAGUGGAAAUGUGCAAUGUUAAGGAGAGCAUAUCUGCAGAGCUUGCUGCUAAACAGUCGGAGUUAGAUACUGUGGUAGCUGCUCGCACCGAAGAAGUUGAACAACUUCGACUUGAAUAUGAACGCAAAUUAGACGGUCAGUUGCACGAGGCGAACGAAGAACAAGUCAAAGUGAACCAGUCUCAUGAAACGCAGCUAAAAACAAUGCAAGAAACCAUGAAGAACAAAGAGAAACAAUGGAAACAGCAAGUCAAGGACCUAAAAACGCGACUCAAACAAGUUCUUCAGGAGUCGGAAACGUUGCGCAAAGCCAGUGUGGCAAGUGCAAGCAAAGAACAAGAAGUUUUCGCACAGCUUCAUGAAACCGAGGUGCAAUUGUCCCAGAAACAGAGUGAUUGCGAUCAACUGAAACAGAAAGUUCAAGACCUAGAGAAUCGAGCAGCAGAGUUGGAGAAAACAUUGGAGAAAGUGCAAACUGAAGCUCAAUCCCAUGCGCCAACUAUGAUCGACGAUGUCCGUGAACAGUAUCAAAAGGAAACGGAAGCGUUGAAGGCCGAACACGCUUUGCACACACAGGACAUGCAAGCAGAGUACCAGUUUCAGCUUCGUGAGCGUGAGAUGGAAUUACGAACCCAGUUCGAACAACAAAUGGCGGACGCAGCUGACGAAUCUGAACGUGCCAAAUCCAAGCUUCUAGAGGAGCGUGACCAACUGAAGAAAGCGGUGGACACGGCCAAACAGGAAAUUGAUGCACUGCAAGCCCGGAUCACGAGUCUCGAAUCAUCGAUAAAUACGUCAACAGCGGAAAACCAACAUCCGGAUGCCGUUUCCGAAUCCGUAUCCGGUGAUGACGCAGCGGAGCUUCUGAGGCUACGUGAUCAAGUGGCCGAAUUAACCGCUCGACUAGAAGCACAGUCUAACAGCUCUGAUCAUCCGAGGGCAUCAUCUCGUACUUCAUUCGGUGAUCGGUUCUCAGAAGGUCUGACAGUGCAAACUGAACAUAUCACUCCGACCGAGGCUGGAGUACGCUUGGCCGUGCAUCCUCCGGUCGCUCAUGAACCGAUUGUACCGGCCAAAUCCAGUAGUUGGGUUGAACAGCUACGCAACCAAAUUCUUCAAGCGGAAUCAAUCGAUUCGCUGUGA